UUGGCGACGUGCGCUCGGUGUCCAGUCGGCUCUCAACAUGCCGCCUGGAUGGCCGCGGCUGUGAUGCGCUUUCCGCUCUGGAUGUUGCUCCUGUGGCUGGCGGCGGCCCGAGGUGCGGCCGCGGGCCGCUGCCCCGCGGACCAAGACCGCUGGGACGCGAGCAAUAAGGCCCUCUCGGCCGCGUUCGUCUUUCAAGGGCGACUACUCUCCAAAGCGGUGGACCCCGCGGGCAAUCUUCUGGCUCGCUUCCGGGUGCAGAAAGUACUGAAGCCCGGCUUCACCCCCGGAACGUCGCCUCAACUGUGGCGCAAACAAGAAGUGGUGGUGGCGCUUGUGAAGAGCCGUCCUCCUCCGGGACCUCGGAGGGGAUCGCGGACUGGACCCCGGACGCAGGCCCGGCGCGGCCGCUCCUUGUGCCCCGUGGCUCCUCCCGAAGGAUUCGUGUUCAACGCGCGCUAUUUGGUGUAUGGUGCUCCGAUCACGGGCCGCGCGGCGCGGAGACUGUUGCCCGCCGCUAAUUUUUCGGCGACUGCACCACCGGACCACUACACGCGACGGUCGGCCAGGGCGAUCAAGAAAGUCGUCUGCCAAGGAUGCGUGUUGAAGCCGGCUCAGGCCAAAUGGCUCAGGUCAACAUCGCGUGUCGACGUAUAUCGGCGACUUCAGUUGCGGUGUAAACUCAAUGGCAACCCUGUGCCAUGGGUCCAAUGGUACUUCGCUGGAAAGCCAAUCGUGCCCAGUAGUCGGGUGCACAUCGUCACAAAAUGGAGGAGGUCUCGGUUAGAGAUAAACAGCACUCGAAAACAAGACUCUGGCCUGUACGAGUGCCGGGCUUCUAAUGUACUCCGACGGGAGCCCUCCAUCGUCACGGUCAACGUCACUGUUCAAGACCGAUACUCGUUUAGGCCUGGCACCAGGGGGCCAACGCACACAUCGGCCAAUGACUCUACACUAUGGCCCUUGAAAGGACAACCCUGCCCCCUGGCUUCCUACUGCCUCAACGGUGGAACGUGCAUCUACUACGAGGCUGUCAAGGAGCCAUCCUGCCAGUGUGCUGACGGUUUCAUUGGUCAACGGUGUGAAAACAAGGAUACUGCAUCUUUAAAAACUUAUAUGAUGGGAAGUCAUGCUUGCUUAACAGCUGUGGUCACACUGGGGGCGCUCUUUGGCAUUCUGACCUGCAGCUAUGUGACCUGGACUGCCCGCAGGUGCGUCAAACGUCGGAAAAUUAAAACGUCCGGCUCGAGGUCGCGCAGCGGUUCCUCUGACAGCGCCAGUAGAAAUCCAUCGAGGGUUUCGGCAAUGGCUGACAGCACGCUCAUGGGCAAACAGUGCGAGGACAGUAAUAGCACCGGUGUCGUCGACCCCAGAACCCAAGAGUCGCUACUACGUCGGAACAACUCCAUCAUAGAACGAAGGCGAUGUGAGGAGCAUUCUUGCAAAGGCCCAAACACCGAAGACCAAGAGUUCAGCAACGAAGAUGAAGAUCUAGAGAUUGAGUCGCUGCUGAAGGCCGGGACCCAAGCACAGCAUUCCAGUGCCCCUGUUCGGCAGUCCAGGAGUGACCCUAUGAGAGACACAAUUUUCGACGAUCGACUCCAGUUCCAGCUAUGUGGCAUUGUCAACGACAUUCAUCAUGCUUUUCAUCCGCCAGUACCAAAGAGAACUGCUUAACGCACCUUUUUUUUUUUUCUUUCAUCCUUCGUUUUUGUGCUGCCUGGAGUCGUCUUCGAGGCGACGAGUAUUUCGGAACACGAUUUUUGUGACACGUGCAGAGUGCCCUCAGGAUGGCCACAAGAAACUUCGCUGAUUCACGCCAUUCCUGCAUUUAUUUUCGUUUACGUGAUGUUGUGUACAGGAGAUAAUGUGCAGUAGUCAAUCACUGUACUGUUUCACGUCAGUGUGACCGCACAGCAGUGACAGUGACUCGUAUGAUUCCGUCUAGGUUGUCUUUUUACAUAAACAUACACGCGUAUAUAUACAUAAAUGUCUGUAUAGCUGCUUCGCCGUUGAUGUAAAUGUGGCUUUCGACGUUUGAACUGCCGAGGGUGUUCUGUGGAAACAAGAUGAGAGACAAUAUCACCUCGGUGCAGGAGUUGAAGAGAGUACAGUGCAAUUUUACAAUACCUCGGCUCCGUUAGUUGUAAAUCUAUGAGCUUGUUCCUGUGCCAUGUUUAAGUAAUUGCCUUCAGGAUUCCUACAUGUGUGUGUGCAGAUGUAUUUUGCUUGGACUUCGCAGGUGAUGACGGGCUGUGCUGUAGUAUUUAUGAUCAUGUGGCUAAAAUGCUGCCAGGUGUGGAAGAGGUGUUUUAUGAGGAGCUUUAUAGGGGUGAUGUUUAUUUAUUUUCUAAGCAAGAUGGUAAGUCCAUGUUGUUGCGCACUGUGAGCUGCUUUGUGAACAGUACUUGUGUGUCACACAUUAUAGCCUCUGCAUAUGGCCUCCAACAACAAUAAGGCAGCUCGUAUAAUUUAGUUGUCAAAUAUGACAGUGAAGGAUCAGUUGCUAUAAUAGGGUGUUUUCUGUUUUUAAAAAAGAAGAUAUGGUUUGGCUGCCUCUGUAUCAAGUAGUUUCCCUAACAGCUUUUCUCACGUCUCAACGUCAUGUGAAGUACCUUAAUUUCACUUGUAUAAGCCAGAGCGCACCAUUCUUUUGGGCAAUGUUUCCAACAGAGAGGCUGAACAAGAGUCAUAGAUUUAAUUAUACAUUCGCAUGUUGUCAUUAAUGCAAUAUUUACAUGCUGCUCGGGAGGCUGGGAUGAAUUGCGUGGAGAGGAUUGGCGAUCACAAGGUACCGCGUCCGCAUUAGAUGGAAAGCACGCCAGCUUCCACCAGGGCUCCACGAGUCGCAUUGUAAGACGCUCGACAUUGCUGGUUAUGACUGGCGAAAUUAGGAGAGAAUAUUACUUUGUGUACUCUUUUUGGAUAAUAUGUGGGUUAUACUUGUGAAAUUACAGUAAAUACAAUGUGAUAUGUAGCGAACCUCAAAAUUGCCAUGUAGCAGUACUCACAUUGGUUGGCACAACCAAAAGUGAGAAUCUGUCUUCUUCCCAUCUUGUUUUAUUAGCCCUCCAAAGUGAAUGAGAUUUUUUGAAUUUGUGUCAGUAAACACAUACAGGCUACUAUGCAUUCUGAAAAGCAAUAUCAAAACAGUCGAGGGUUGUACAUAAACACCAGCUGUUAAAAUGAUGCACCCAUUGCCUACAUUACGCACUAGCCUCUAAUCUGUUGUGGUGUUUUUAAACGAAUGUGACUGCUUCUACAAGUGAACUGGUGUUGUGGAGUAUUGUAAGAGACAUAACAAACAUUGUAAGUUUUAAAAAACAAUUUUCUUUUCAAAAAUUUGUAUUAUUACACGUUUCCUUUACUUUUGGUGCUGAUGCAAUUUUCCAUGCAGUCAGUUCCAAAAGCUUCAUCCUGAUUUUGCCUAACAGCAAUCUAAUGGCGAACUCCAUUGGCAGAGCUGGGUCAGUUUUGCUUCGGGAAGGUGCAAAGAAUUGUUCAAUUGACAGAACCGGAUCAGGCAUGGGUUGUUUCAUUGGGGGGAGAAGAGGCAAAGCGAGUGGAACAGGACCGGAACAAGCAUCCACAAAUGAGGGUGGUAACUUCAGAGAGUUCUUCGGGGUUGGAGUUGUCGGUAGCGCCAAAGUUUUUGCUGCACUAAGAAAAGCUUCCUCUGGUAGGUUGUGAUUCUGAGAAGUCCUGGAGUAGUAGCUAUGUCGCUCAGUGCACAGCGUGGUCAGUCCAGUCCAGUCCAAUCCAAUCCAAUCCAAUCCAAUCCAAGAAAAAGAGGCAUGCAUUACAGCAUGGUGCAGUGUCAUAGACGUGCUUUGCACCUGCAGAGGGUAGAUUGCAUUCUGUUGAGGACGCAAACCCGUAUUACACCACCGGAAGUGGUGUGGGGAAAAGUAUGCUCUUUCUAUGGAAUUCACCAUAAAUUAUAAUAUUAUUAUUACCAUAAAUUAUGGGAGUAUGAAUCAAAGGUUCCUACUCAAGUAGUAUUAGCGAAAAACCUGCUACGCACAGUGUUUUGCUAUAUUGAGGUGUGCCUUCUUUACACUAUAACCGCGGCCCGCUUGCAGUGCUGCUAAUGUGAAGUUGCAUGUAAUGUAGAUACGUAGUACCAUUCUUUUGUAUAUAAUGCGUUAUGUCUGCAUUUGACAGUGCUGCUAUGGCUUGAAAAGUGGAGGAUGAACAAAUGUGAAUGUUUUGCCAUGUGGUGGAACGUGUAACGUAAGGUCGAAAAUAAUUUUCACGCUGCUCACAGUGACGUGCCAUGUAAAUUGACGCACUGACAAUGAGAUGACGUUCACUAAUUAAGGCUGCUAAACAUAACCCUUCAUGAGCGAGAAAUAUUUUUUACACGUAAACACUCGGCAGCGUAGCUACCUAUGGGAACGUGGACAGUGGAAGUUGCGGAAUGUGGAAUCGUUCCUGUUGACAUGUGACUGUUACAUGAAUGGUAGUGACGGACUGUGAAUGAUAGUGUUACUUUUUCACAAUGCCGAAAAAAAACAUUUACCUGCCAUCUGAGCCAUCUGUGCACAGAUGCAAGUUUCAUUUCUACGCAACCACAGGGAACUGCUUUUAAGGCCCUGUUGCUGCGUAAGAUUUUCGAAAAAAAAAAAAAUUUGCCUACGCUGCAUAAACCACAUAAAUUUUUUUCCAUCGCAUUAAUUGCCUUAAAAUGUGACACGUUUGGAGCACACUGCAAUUCCUUGCCACUAGCUGCAGCGAAACAUUGGAAAAGUACCAGAUUUACCGAACUAUCCUAGUGCAUUUCAAUCUAAAAUGGUCAUUGUGUACUUAUACCCCCUGACACACGGGCACGUUUGAACUCCUUCACAUAAAGGGACACCUAACAGAAAGGCAUUGUGUGACGUGACACACGGCAGAGGAGAAUCUCCUUUUACAAAGUAGCCCUUUUGGGAAGCUGAGCUCCUUUUCAUCUGUAAAGGCGUAUGGCAUAGCCUCAAACAAAGGGCGUUACGAUGACAAUAUUCUCGAACGAAGGCUAGGCAGUGUUUUCAUUUUUCAAGUACUCUAAGUCUGCGUGCAGAUAUUGCAGUUGCGGUACGUAUUUUGAAUUCAUUGGUCGUAUUGUUAUGUUUACGUACAUGUAGGCUGGUUCUAACGGAAAUAUCUAAUGCGACGUCUUUGGUUAUAUUUUGCAAAUGACACCACCAAAAGGAGUUUGCUAUUGCAGUGUGUCAUCGGCACAAACUCCUUUUGCAAAGGUGUCCUGCACAGCUGUAAAGGACCCCUAGUGGAAAGGAGUCCAAACGUGCCCGUGUAUCAAGGGUAUUAGUGAGGCUGUGCAUAGUGUUACGAUGAGAGCAAUGCGUUUUAGGGUUGAAUCAGGGAAAGACCUGCUAUUACCCCUCCCCCCCUCCCUCCCUCAUUUGCAUCACCGUGGGGAAAAAUCCAAGGACCGACUGCCCCACAGCCCCAACCUAGCCACUACUAGAGGCACGGGCAAACUUUAAAUACUUCGUACUCAGCACUGCCUCUCACUAUCUUGUGUGUUUUUCUUUUCAUUUGUCUUCCAUUUCCACCUGAAAAUCUACUCUUUCCUACAAUAUCACCAUAGCUUGCUCACCCUAUUUUACAGCUUCUAACUUAAAACCCGACUUUUACCCCCCCAGACUUGGAAAAAGCAUAAAACCCAAAAGCCCAAACCCCAAAAUCGUCGCAAAACCCAAAAACACAAGGGUCCGUGAACAGUGCAGUACAGGGAAAUAUUUUGACCGCACAGUCACUAAAUCUGUUUACACCAUGCUACUGACAUUUUUUUCUUUCUUGUGGGAGGAGCUGCCGUGGAAACAAUCUUGGGUGCAGAGCAGAAAAACAAAAACCCGGAUGCAAAGCAAUCGAAUCGGAGCAAUCGGCGUUCCCCGUCUCGUACGGUACCUAGUCGACGGAACUACCUGUCUGAAACUGCAGGUCUUUCAGAGUGUGGUCCUCCAAUAGACGAGUUCAGAAAAUCCCAGAGUGCUUAGCGUCGCUUUGAACUGUGGGAGUUUACUAAUACGAAAGAAACGGGUGACCUCCAAACUGUUCCCAUUUCUCCCACGACGUGUCAAGGUCAGCGAAAGCGAAAUGUGAAGGAUUACAGUUAAACUCCUUUAUAGCGAACACCUUUUUAACGAAAAUACCACUACAGCGAAUUUUUUUACAGUCCCGUUGGAGCCCUAUAGGUCCAAUAAUGGACAUCCUUUUUAACGAAAAUACCUUUACUGCGAAUUUUUUUCGCUGUCCCCUGAGUUUCGUUGUAAAGGAGUUUCACUGUAUUCUUCGUUCCCCCGCUCAGCAAGCGCCCAGGAUGCAAUGCGUGUGCAGAGAGCACUGGGAUUUUCUGAACUUGUCUAUCGGUCCUCCAAUUUAGUGUUGUGAGCGAUUUCACAUCCUGUGAUGCACUGAGGUAAUAAUGGGGCAAAUGCUUUUCUCAGGCCAACCAUGGUACUUCACCACUGCCUUUGUCUUUUGCAUUUUUGAGUGUACGUCGGGUAUCCCCGUCCUGUAACUUGGUUGGAGAUUUUCGUUACUAUCAGAGCAAAGUAAUGGUGUGAGGUGCGUCAACUUCAAGCUCAGGGAGUCAAAGCGAAAUGCGGAAGUGAUGCAGCGAUGUUUUUUUUUUUUUUUUUUUUUUUUUUUUUUUUUUCUGUGGAGUGUUUGUGCCUGCUCUAAAUCUGAGUAAUCACAAAAUGGUUGCCAGUUAAUUCUGGUGUGAGUUGAUACGAAUAUGUUUACACUGUGUGUAAAAUUAACGAACGGGUUGUGACCGGGCCGUGUUGUGGAAUAAGUGUGUGUUUUUUUCCCCCCUUUUUAUAUGCGAAAUGAAAUGAUAGCGUGUGUCGCUUGCUGCUGUCAAAUAAUGAGUUUCACUUCAUUAAAUUAUGUGCCAUACGUUUCA